AUGUCGCAGUCACCCGCAAAGCAACCUGCGGCCGCAAGCCCAAGCCCAAGCACCAUACCCGUCUCAUUCCCAACCAAACCAAGUUCGAGCAGAAAGCUUCCUGACCUUGAAGCGGCGCUGCAGCAAGUAGCUUCCGCACGGAGCAAGUACCAUGUGCGAAAGAUUGGCAUGUUGGUCCGGUGGGAAAAUGAUACAACUCAUGCGGAGGAUGACAUGGCUGUUGCAUUGGACCCCAAGCGGUUUCAGAAUUGA